UAAAUCUAAUUUCUAUUCCAUAACCAUGUAGGGUUCGUGUAAAUCAUUUAAAAGUAGCACAACUAUCGCAGUAGCACCCAAUUCUUCACAUGUUCCAACUGAUACUCUGUUGGUAAGUUUGUCUAGCACCAUCGCUAUAAAGUUAGAUGAGAAUUUUUUUGUUAUUCCUAUUCCUUUUAUGAGACAUUGGCAGCAAUUUUAAAUGUGUUUAAAUGCAUUUUCAUUGUAUGCAGCCUCCAUCUGAUGUUACUGGCAGACUUCCUCGAUAUUGGAAUCAAAAUAUGGCUCCUGCGGAUCGCCAUUGGGUCGCCAAACAUCUCUUCUGCGGAACUGGGACGCUCGCAACGCCCGUUAGGCUUUGGAACUAUCCACCAGCCGUUAACUUUGCAAUUGCAUCUAAACCCAAACCAGAGUCGUAUUUCCUGCGUAGGAUAUACCUAUGGAUGCCACGACGCAUGUUUACAUUCGAUUUUAAGUGCUGCAAAGAAUCCUGCAACAGAAGCUUAAAAUCGAACGGCAUUUAUAACAAAAUUCGCCUUGUUCUGGACGUUACUGAGUACUACUACUUAGCAACUGAAUACCUUAUAUGCUCUUGUGGAUUCACUGUUUUGGCGUGGGACAACCGUAUCUUAAACCAGCUACCCUACGGGAUACGCGUAAAAUUCCCAGCUCUCUUAACAUACAAAUACGCCUGUGAUUCCAAGGUCAUAUCACUGCUGAAGUCAAGAACGUUGGGUAAUAGUCCAACAGCGUUACACAACACUCUUGUAGAACUCCACAGCGAGUCGUGGAUACGAAAAAAUGUACAAUACCUGUUUGAUUGCCAGAAACACCGAAAGAGGUUGGCUUUCCAUCAGAAUCAAAUACCUUCCUACGAUGUCGCUGAUUCUUUUCGCGUGCUACCACAGUCGAAGUGGUUUCUGGCUGCAUUUGCUCGUGAUGUCUGGUCAAGAAUGGACAGUGUGAAGGCCGCCAUCACGUCUGUAUUUGGCGUCGUCCUAAAGAUAGACUCAACGAAAAAAAUCCUUAAGAAGCUAUCUGGCGAAGCAAAAGGAUCCGCCAGUUGGGUCACGAAUGUAGGCAAUGAAUACGGCGCAAUUCUUCAGAGCGUCGUCACGUCUUCCGAGUCCAACGAGUCUCUGAAGAAGAUGGCAGAUGGAAUUGUGGACCGGUACGCCAAAGCAAACGUUACGCCUCCCAUCAUUCUCUAUACAGACCGCGACUGCUGCUGUUAUAAUGGACCGUCAAAAUUCAACGUCCUAUUUUCUGCUUGGCCCAAUCUUACAGUUAAGCUGGACAUUUGGCACUUUAUGCGUCGAAUUUCCUUUGGAUGCACAUCCGAAUCCCACCCAUUGUAUGGAGUUUUUAUGGCAAAAUUGUCGGGUAACUAAAUGUUCACUAGAUGCGGCAUUGCCAUUGUACUUUCUUUUUUCCUUUAAAAUUACCUGUACACAAUUUUAAUUACCAGGUUGUCUGUUCGAAUGGGACCAAC